AUAUUCCUUCAAUAACAACCUGUAGCGCUCGCUGAUUUCUCUUCUGCAGGGAUUUAGACGUGCCUUGCUACUGACUUAGCAUUUGUGCAGUCAUAUUUUUAUUGACAGGCUGGUAGAUAUUUAUUCAAUAAGAAACAACUCAGGAUCAGCUAAAGAGAGGAAAGCUCUGGCAUUUGAAUAUACACUCUUUUUCUAGGGUGAUGUGGCUGAUACUGGCAUCUACCAUCUGCUUUCCUAUUGCAGCCUGUUUCUCCAACCUGCAAAGCAGAAACCAGCCUUUCUUUCCUUCUGGAUUGUUAAAGCCAUUCACAUUUAUUCUGCAUGGCAAUGAAUUAUAGUCCAUUUUAAGGACUCUUUUGUGCUUCUGUGUGUAUUCCUACAGCAGAAAAAGUGCAUGAGAAAGGAGCUUGAGCAGUCAGUAGUAUAAGUAGCUGGCUCUCCCGUAUGGAUUAGACUUGUGAGGACAAUAACGAUGGGGGCUCGAGCGACAGAAACAACUCGGGAACUGGAAAGCGCCUCUGUACAGUACCAAAUAGGAGGGCAUGCAGAGAAAAUGUGGCAACGACUCAAAGGAAUAUUAAGAUGCUUGGUAAAGCAGCUGGAGAAGGGUGACAUUAAUGUGGUGGACUUAAAAAAGAAUAUUGAAUAUGCGGCGUCCGUGCUGGAGGCAGUUUAUAUUGAUGAAACCAGGAAACUUUUGGACACUGAAGAUGAACUCUCUGACAUCCAGUCGGAUUCGGUCCCGCUGGAAGUGCGGGACUGGUUAGCUUCUACAUUCACGAGGGAGAUGGGAAUAGUGAAGAGGAGACCUGAGGAAAAGCCCAAAUUCCGAAGCAUUGUGCAUGCUGUACAGGCUGGGAUUUUUGUAGAAAGGAUGUACCGGAAAACUUCAAGCAUGGUUGGUUUGGCUUAUCCAGCAGAAGUGAUAGUCACAUUUAAGGAUGUUGAUAAGUGGUCUUUUGACGUAUUUGCCCUUAAUGAAGCAAGUGGAGAGCACAGUCUGAAAUUUAUGAUGUAUGAGCUGUUAACCCGAUACGACCUUUUGAGCCGUUUCAAGAUCCCUGUUCCCAAUCUUAUUUCUUUUGCUGAAGCUCUUGAAGUUGGUUACAGCAAAUACAAAAAUCCCUAUCACAAUUUGAUCCAUGCAGCUGAUGUUACUCAAACUGUGCAUUACAUAAUGAUUCACACUGGCAUCAUGCACUGGCUCACAGAACUGGAAAUUUUAGCAAUGAUCUUUGCAGCUGCCGUCCAUGACUAUGAACAUACUGGGACCACAAAUAAUUUUCAUAUUCAGACAAGGUCAGAUGUUGCUAUAUUGUACAACGAUCGUUCUGUUCUUGAAAAUCAUCAUGUAAGUGCUGCUUAUAGACUCAUGCAGGAAGAAGAGAUGAACAUCCUGGCUAAUCUAAACAAAGAUGACUGGAGGGAGUUGCGUAGCUUGGUCAUUGAGAUGGUCUUAUCUACAGACAUGUCGGGUCAUUUCCAACAAAUUAAAACAAUGCGGCACACUCUGCAGCAGGCACAGGGGGUAGACAAAGCCAAAGCCAUGUCUUUGAUUCUACAUGCAGCAGACAUAAGCCAUCCAGCAAAAUCCUGGGAGCUGCACUACCGGUGGACCAUGGCCCUGAUGGAAGAAUUUUUUCGACAGGGAGACAAGGAGGCUGCUUUAGGUCUUCAAUUUUCCCCACUUUGUGACCGCAAGUCCACUUUGGUAGCUCAGUCUCAAAUAGGUUUCAUUGAUUUCAUAGUAGAACCAACAUUUUCUCUUCUUACUGAUUCAAUGGAGAAAAUUGUUAUGCCUCUUAUAGAGGAAGCGACAAAAUCGGAAAGUCCUGCAUUUGGGACCCCCAGUCAAAAUAGUUUGGGAGCAGUAAGCAAUGCUGAAGCACAAAGACGACCUGGGUUUAAAAGUACAGGUGAUGGAGGGACUCACACAGAAAAUUCUCUAGCAACUGUAGACCUAAGGGCCUUCAAGGACAACUUGAUGAAGAUCAUUCAAGCAAACAAAGAAAGAUGGAAAGAAUUAGCAGCAGAAGAAGAACUUGUGAACAAUGUUGGUGAACAGGAAAAAGACCAAAGCAGAAAUUCCACAGAUGCACAGUUACAGGAAGAGGCAACAAGGACACAAAAUGAGAGUAGUCAGGGGAGUGAUGGUACAGCCUGUCCUCCCAGAUCCAUCGUCCUACAAGUAGUCUCUUUGGACACUCCUCUGAGUGAUGAAUCCAGCUCAGAAAAAUGCACUAACUCUGAUCCGAACCAGAAAGAUCUCAGCGAUGCCCAGCAAGAGACCCAGAAUACAGCCCCACUGAAUGGGGAGCCUAAACACUGUAAGUCAGAAGAUAUUGUGAAAGCCACGGAGCAGACAGAAGCACUGGUACAGAACUAGAUCUGCUAUUUCUCAUAAGCUUCUGACAUUUCAGGCAGGACAGGAGAAAAGAACUCUAACUGUUCCUACCUCAUGAUCUCAGAGGCUGUUAUCUGUCAACUUGUUCUUGGAUCAUCCUAUUUCUGUGGAGAGUGAUUGAACAAAAUGUUCAAAACUGUAAAAUGUAAAACCCUGAGCUGGUAACUCAAGGCACUUAAAAAUUUGCAAGAUUUCAGUUGUUUUUGUGUUGCUAUUUCCUCUUCUAUUCUGCUUUCUUAAACUAGCCAAAAUAAUCUUUUCAGCCAAAGUUGGACCUUGCUUUAUUGCAUCACUGGUACCAGACAUUUCCAGUUAAUCAUGAGACAUGUGAAAACAUGAUGUUUGUCAUCUGCCUGGGAUUGCUGUUACGUGUCACUGCUGCUGGUGUCCACUGAAAAUGGAAAAUCAAAACAAAAUGUGUUUCUAGAUACUUGUUCAUGCAAUCAUGCUGCAUGCACCAUAAAAGUCCUACUUGUUAGCUUCCUUAAAAUAUCUGGAAAUAAAUGUUUGUAGACUGUACAGGGAAGUUGCAAAGUUACGCUGACCAGCCUGCAUGAAUGAAGAUUCUUCCCCCCUGCAGUGGCUGCCAUAUGGACAGAACUGGUAUUGAACAAAUUUGAAAGGUUUUGAAAUAUCUCUUAAAAAUUAAUUGAAUAGCAUCUGGCAUUAAAGAUUAAAACAUUCUGAAUCCUGUAAUAUUUUGAACAACAACACUACUGGUGUCAGCCCUUCCAUGAAGCUGGUACUUAUUGUUUUAUUGGGUGGAAGAGACAGCAACAGAAAUACAUGAAAAUUGCUUCACUUCAGCAAAAUGUUGUGUUGCCUCUCAGACAGAAUUGGAAGGCGACACAGAGGCCUUGUGUCAUGGUUUA